AUGACCAAUUACACCAACUACCACGCUAUCAGCCGAGAAAUUGCGCGCAUUCGACCAGGAGACCCUGAGUCGACUUUGUACGGGGUUUGGAAUGCAAUUCUAGGGCUACAGUUCCCUAUUGCGCAGGGAUACAUCACGCGUCCCCAAGACCGACAUACAGCCCAGAGCGGCCAGUACGGCUUUUCUGAUCUGCACACAUUUCAGUACCGUGGAAAUGCGGCCAAUGCAAGCAAAUUUCUCAUUGUGCAGUGUAAGAGGGCCGGAUCUGAGAGUCAGGAUUCUGUUUGGCGGGACGCUGUCGACCAGUUAGACCAAUACUUGUGCGACACCCACGGCAGACGUCGACCUGCAGAUCGCACCCCCGUCUAUGGAAUAGCUGCUGUCGGACUGAAGAUGCGCGUUUAUAGGUACGACGAUGUGAACCAGUGUGUUCUCAAUUGGGCACCAAGGGGGUUGCCACAGGGCGCGCAAUGGGAUUUGGAGAGUGAGGCCGGGAAAGUACAGCGUAUUUUGGAUCACAUCCUCAACAAUCAUUAG